AUGUCCAAACUUGCCUAUCAACAUCACUCUCUCACCUCUCCACAAGAAUUCAACACUCUCUGUGCUCAAUCCAUCAUGGAAAGAAUUCAAAAUGCACUCAACAAACAUUCCCGUGCCAUGAUUGGGUUAAGUGGUGGCUCUACUCCAAUUCCAAUCUAUAAAAUCCUUUCCGAGCUUUUAAAACCCAUUCUUCCCAACAAGAAUAUUAUUUUCUUUUUAAUGGAUGAUCGUUAUGUCCCGAUGGAUCAUUCCGACAGUAAUCAAAAAUUAGUAUUAGAUUCUCUCAAUGUUACUCAAGAACAAGUAACUCUCAUAUUUCCAAACAACAAAUUACCCAUUGAUGAAUGUGUUAAAGAUUAUCAAGAGAGAUUACAACGUGAAUUAGAAAAACAACCUAAUCAGAAAGUCACUGUAUCUACUUUGGGAAUGGGACCUGAUGGUCAUACAUGUUCCAUAUUUCCAUCCACUAAUAAGAAUAGAGACAUUUUCUGUGAUGAAUUCAAAGUGGUUCACACGACGACCACUCAAUUUGCUGUCUUUGAUAGAAUCACUGUGAAUUAUCACUUUUUGUUGAAACACUCUGAAGAAUUGUUCAUGUUUUUCAGAGGACAAGACAAAUGGAAACUCUGGAAGGAAAUGGAACAAUUCAUUUUAGAGAAGAGAAAUGGUUCUGCCAACGAAGAUACCAAUGACUGGUUGAAAUAUCCUUGUCUUCCAUUCUUGUGCAUGGAGAAUUGUGUCUUGUUUAGCAGUGAGUAA